UGAUUUAGUGGCCACCGAAUAUUUUUCAACUCUUAUAUAUAGAAGAAGUUGGGUAUUUCAGUUUGGAUCAUCAUCAUCAUCAACUCUUUGCAAACCUAUUGCUUACAAGCAUCACCCAAACUAAGCACCAACAAUGUCGAAAAUGAGUUUUCCCAGUUUCAAACAUGGAAGUUCAAGAAAACCCUCUCUAAAACAACCCCAACUGAGCCUCCCCAAAGCCCAACAGCAAAAGACCAAUUUACCCUCCACCGGAAUUUUCCAGCCAAACACGGCCGAAAUGAAACAAGUUUUUGACAAAUUUGACUCCAACAAGGACGGAAAAAUCUCCCGGGAAGAGUACAAGCUAGCACUACGAGCCAUGGGCAAAAUUGGAAAUGCAGAAAAUGAGGUGGCCAAGGCCUUUCAGGUCCUCGAUUCAGAUGGAGAUGGGUUCAUAGACUUCAAAGAGUUCAUGGAGGUACAUAAAAUGGGAGGAGGAGUGAAUAUGAACGAGAUUCAGAGUGCUUUUGGCGUGUUUGAUUUGGAUGGUGAUGGGAAGAUAAGUGCAGCAGAGUUGUUGGAGGUUCUAAGGCGGCUUGGGGAGCGGUGCAGCCUUGAGACUUGCCGGAAAAUGGUGAAAGGGGUGGAUAGGGAUGGAGACGGGCUGGUUGACAUGGAUGAGUUUAUGACCAUGAUGACACGCACCUUGAAAUUCUCUUAAGAGGUUAAUGGAAAAUAGAUUUUUUCUUAAACUUUAUUUUCAUUUUAUCUUAAUAACGUAAAUCUCACUAUCUUUAUUUAUUUAUUUAUUUUGAUAUGCAAAAGUUGUUAAAUUAGAACUCUUACUAUCAUUAUAAUAAAAUCUAGUGAGAAAUCUGUAUACUUUUAUUAUAUUAUGAUAAUAUGAUGCAGCUUGAAGCUGGCUCCUUUUACACAUUUUUUUCCCCCUCCUUCUCUUUAAUUUAAGGGAUCUGUAAAUGACUUUGUAUUUGGGCAUUUGAUAAAAGCCAAAGAAUAUUAAGAAAAUUAAAAUUUUAAUUAAU